AUGGGAAGCGGAAUUAGUUCCGAGAGCAAGGAGUCUGCCAAAAGAUCAAAAGAACUGGAGAAGAAGCUUCAGGAAGAUGCGGAGCGAGAUGCAAGAACUGUCAAGUUGCUGUUAUUAGGAGCAGGAGAAUCUGGAAAGAGUACUAUCGUUAAACAAAUGAAGAUCAUCCAUAAGAACGGAUACAGCGAGCAAGAAUGCAUGGAGUUCAAAGCAGUGAUCCACAGCAAUACGUUGCAGUCCAUCCUCGCUAUCGUGAAAGCCAUGGGCAGCCUCGGCAUUGACUACGUGCAUCCCAGAAGUGCCGAAGACCAACGGCAACUUUGCGCGAUGGCGAACACCCUGGAAGAUGGCAGCAUGACGCCAGAACUGGCUGAGCUGAUAAAGCGGCUGUGGAGAGACCCAGGCAUUCAGGCCUGCUUUGAGAGGGCGUCUGAAUAUCAGCUCAACGACUCAGCCGCUUACUACCUUAAUGAUUUGGACAGAAUAACAGCUCCUGGAUACGUCCCAAAUGAGCAAGACGUCCUACACUCUCGAGUGAAAACGACGGGAAUCAUUGAAACUCAGUUCUCCUUUAAAGACUUGCAUUUCAGAAUGUUCGACGUGGGUGGACAGAGAUCUGAGAGAAAGAAGUGGAUCCACUGCUUUGAAGGGGUCACGUGCAUUAUAUUUUGUGCUGCGCUCAGUGCCUAUGACAUGGUCCUGGUAGAAGAUGAAGAGGUGAACAGAAUGCACGAAAGCCUGCACUUGUUCAACAGCAUCUGUAAUCACAAGUACUUUGCCACCACCUCCAUCGUCCUGUUUCUUAAUAAAAAAGAUCUCUUUCAAGAAAAAGUAACCAAGGUGCAUCUUAGUAUCUGCUUCCCUGAGUACACUGGGCCAAAUACAUUCGAAGAUGCAGGGAACUACAUCAAGAACCAGUUUCUGGACCUGAAUUUAAAAAAGGAAGAUAAGGAAAUUUAUUCCCACAUGACCUGCGCUACAGACACCCAAAAUGUCAAGUUCGUGUUCGACGCGGUUACAGACAUCAUAAUCAAGGAGAAUCUGAAGGACUGCGGGCUUUUCUGA